CCCCAGAUCACGUUUGCCACCAGCGGCCAACCAGUCGGGCCCAAGUCCGCCGGCAAGAAGCGAUUGGGGGCGAGUGAGCUCGGCCCCCCAGGCCUCCGUCCGGGCCCCCCCCACCCGGCCCGAGGCGGUAUAUCCUGCCCUCCCCGGCCACCUCCCCCUCGUGGAAACGGUGCGGCGGCCUCGCUGUAACGCAGAAGCGAAAUGUAGCGGGCCGGGGGUCGCGGCUGUACGCUCGCCUUGGCUGGGGGUGUGGGGGGGGUACGCAAGGGGCCGAGGAGGACUGCGGAGGAGGAGUGAUGAGAAGAGGGGGUACCCUGCACCCCCCGAGACCACGGGCCCCUGCUGCCACUCUCCAGGCGCCCCCGUUCCUCCCAAGCGAGGGGCAGGUGUUCCACACAGAUUCUCGUAACUUUAAGGACCAGGAGUUUGGGGAGGUACAAGGUCUUCUCAGGAAGGGAGGAAAUCUCUGGAACAGAGGGGAAAGGCAGCUGACGCUGUUCUGGGACCAGUCGAGCCUGAGGAGCUGUAGGAACCUGAAGGAGCCCAGCCAAAGAAGCGGGAAGGAGCCACAACCCCAGGCUGUGGCUGUUUUCUGAAAGAUUUGAACUCAAGCUGCUUUUCACAGAAGAGGGUCCACUUCAGAGGGCACCACAGACUUUUUUGGGCCCUUCCACUCUGGAUGCCCCCUGGUCUGAGGAGCCUGCCGCUGAGAACCAAAGAAGAUAAGAGGCCAGACACAUUUUCCUCAAGCACAGAGCUGGUCACUGGGAGUCAGGCGUCUGCACCCCUAGUGGCUGGCUGCUGCGUCUGGUGAGGAGUUUCUUGUUUCCCUCCAGCUUGCAGCUUCAGUGCUUGAUGGGGCUGCCUGUUGGUGGAUCAGUUUUUGCAGUGCCUGGUAGGAGCCGAGAGCCGUGGGAAGAGGUCCCGCGGCACCCAAGCCUGGGUUCACCCCGAGACUAAGUUCUUCCCAAGUUUGAGAGGGAGAGAGAAAGCGAAAAGAAGAGAGGAAAGUUCUCCCUUCCCCUCCUCCCUGCCUGUCAUGUCCUCUAAGCCAGAGCCGAAGGACGUCCACCAGCUGAAUGGGACUGGCCCUACUGCCUCUCCCUGCUCUUCAGAUGGCCCCGGGCGAGAGCCCUUGCCCGGGACCUCAGAGUUCCUGGGGCCUGAUGGGGCUGGAGUAGAGGUGGUGAGUGAGUCUCGGGCCAACGCCAAGGGGGUUCGGGAGGAGGACGCCCUGCUGGAGAACGGGAGCCAGAGCAACGAAAGUGACGACGUCAGCACGGACCGUGGCCCCGCACCACCCUCCCCACUCAAGGAAACCUCCUUUUCCAUCGGGCUGCAAGUGCUAUUUCCCUUCCUCCUGGCAGGCUUUGGGACUGUGGCUGCCGGCAUGGUGCUGGACAUCGUGCAGCACUGGGAAGUCUUCCAGAAGGUGACAGAGGUCUUCAUCCUAGUGCCUGCACUGCUAGGACUCAAAGGAAACCUGGAAAUGACCCUGGCAUCAAGACUCUCUACCGCAGCCAACAUCGGACACAUGGACACACCCAAGGAGCUCUGGCGGAUGAUCACCGGGAAUAUGGCCCUCAUCCAGGUGCAGGCCACAGUGGUGGGCUUCCUGGCAUCCAUAGCAGCUGUCGUUUUUGGCUGGAUCCCUGAUGGCCACUUCAGUAUCCCGCAUGCCUUCUUGCUCUGUGCUAGCAGUGUGGCCACAGCCUUCAUUGCCUCCCUGGUACUGGGUAUGAUCAUGAUUGGAGUCAUCAUUGGCUCUCGCAAGAUUGGGAUCAACCCAGACAAUGUGGCUACACCCAUCGCUGCUAGCCUGGGCGACCUCAUCACCUUGGCGCUGCUCUCAGGCAUCAGCUGGGGACUCUACCUGGAACUGAAUCACUGGCGAUACAUCUACCCUCUGGUGUGUGCCUUCUUUGUGGCCCUGCUGCCUGUCUGGGUGGUGCUGGCCCGACGGAGCCCAGCUACAAGGGAGGUGUUGUACUCGGGCUGGGAGCCUGUCAUCAUUGCCAUGGCCAUCAGCAGUGUGGGAGGCCUUAUCUUGGACAAGACUGUCUCAGACCCCAACUUUGCAGGGAUGGCUGUCUUCACACCUGUGAUUAAUGGUGUUGGGGGCAAUCUGGUGGCCGUGCAGGCCAGCCGCAUCUCCACCUUCCUGCACAUGAAUGGGAUGCCGGGGGAGAACUCUGAGCAAGCUCCUCGCCGCUGCCCCAGUCCUUGUACCACCUUCUUCAGUCCUGAUGUGAAUUCUCGCUCGGCCCGGGUCCUCUUCCUUCUCGUGGUCCCAGGACACCUGGUGUUUCUCUAUACCAUCAGCUGUAUGCAGGGUGGGCACACCACCCUCACACUCAUCUUCAUCAUCUUCUAUAUGACAGCUGCACUGCUCCAGGUGCUGAUUCUCCUGUACAUCGCAGACUGGAUGGUGCACUGGAUGUGGGGCCGGGGCCUGGACCCAGACAACUUCUCCAUCCCGUACUUGACUGCCCUGGGGGACCUGCUUGGCACUGGGCUCCUAGCACUCAGCUUCCAUGUCCUCUGGCUCAUUGGGGACCGAGACACGGAUGUCGGGGACUAGCUUGGUCAUUCAGCCUUUUCCCAUCCCUCUGCACUUUCUAUUUGAAAUUUUUCUUUUGUCACCCUGUCCCUACCCAUGCCACACUCCCACCUCUUUCUAGGACUUCACUUUGAUACCAAAUUCUCAUUAUUUUCAAUGGGAAUUUUUAUACAUUGAGCCAAGUUUGUACAGCAAGAAUUCAGGAAGGACAGAUGAACUGAGAGAAGCAGUUUAAGUAGAUUUUUGAGACAAUCACCAAGUGCAAUUUCAUGGUGGGUGCCUCCAGGUGAGGUGGAUUGAGGCAGGGGGCUCUGAGAUCUGGGGACUUUUAGUUUGGCUUUAACAAUCUGUCUUAGCCCUAAUGAGAAACCCUUUGUGAGUGG